AUGGGUGGUAAGAUAUCACAACGCGGCGGCGCGCCAUUGUUUUCGCGCUUUCCCGCCGCAUCGGCGCUCAUCUUCCUCCUCGCAUGCUGCCGCGUGUCGCCGACCCGCGGCUCGGCGUUCAAAGUCACCGACGCGUACAGCCCCGCGUGCGGAAAGAUCAUGACCGAGCCGCCUGCGGGGGGCUUUAAGCGGUGGAGCGACUGGAGGACGUGGGGCGCUUCCGCGAAAGUUCGCGGCGUGCCCGGUACCGGGGCGCGCAGAUGGGCUGACGUCAUGAUUCCGUGCGGAAAGGCUGUGCUGCUGGAUGUACCCGAUAUAAGCGUCGGAAAGCUGAGAAUCAGAGGCUGGCUGAAGAUAGCCGAUGACCCGUCUCUCCCUAAAAUCCACGUGCGUGCGGCGUACAUAAUGGUGUUCGGGCGCCUCACGGCGGGCGAGCCGGAUAAGCACUUCUCGAACCGCGUCACGUUCAUGCUCUUCCAGAAUUUCAAGCAGUCGCGCGCGUCGUACGCCCUUCAGUUUUACAAGCCGUCGGAUCCUAACAACCCCCGGGAUCUGGGCCACAAGACGUUCGCCGUGGUAAGAAGUGGUGGGCUGGCAGGUGGAGCUGUACGGCAUUUCUCAAACCCCUCCCCCUAUUUCUCAACCCCCUCCCCCCAUUUCUCAACACUAACCCCUCACCCAUCCCCACAACCGACCCCCCCAUUUCCCCCCCUUCCCCCGCCGCCCCUCCACUCCUGGUCCGCGCAGGUGGGCGGACAGGUGGCUCUCUACGGCAUGCCAGGCGGCAGUAACACGCCGUCGUGGGUGGGCGGACAGGUGGCUCUCUACGGCAUGCCGGGCGGCGGCAACACGCCGUUGUGGGUGGGCGGGCAGGUGGCUCUCUAUGGCAUGCCGGGCGGCAGCAGCACGCCGUCGUGGGUGCGCCUCACCGAAACGGCGGACGCGGGCGACCGUGCGAUCUACGUGAACGCGGACGUGACGCGCUGGGCGCAGGGGAUGACCGUCGCGCUGGCGUCCACGUCAGCAAAUCUGAACGACGCGGAGCACCACGUCAUCACGUCCGUGUCGGUCGUCACGCCUGCGUCUAGACCAGGAAAGAGCGACGGGCGGUACAAAAUCAAUCUAAAGACAGCGCUUAAGAAGCGGCACGACGGCGUGAAGAUUUCGGACGGAGUGGGAGGGACGGUGGGGAUUUACGGGGAAGUCGCGCUGUUGGAUCGGCACAUCGUGAUCACGGGCAGCGACGAGCCCGCUCCCUAUCAAUACGACGGUGGCAACUUCAUGGUUUAUAUGACGCCUACAGCCCAAAAAAUCGUGGGUGUUCACUCGCCACACCCUUCAGCCUCCUCUGGCUGCCCCUCCCUCCUCUAUGUGUGUUGUGAGUCGACUCAAAACACACCUCUGUGCUCCAUUUCCUAUCCAUGCUCCCGUUGCGCCCUCUCCGAUCCCCUUCCUUUUCCCCCUUCCCUCUCCCUGAUCCCCUUCCCUCUCUCUGCUCCCCUUUCUUCCUCUCCCUCCCCCUCCCCCCUCUCCGCUUUUGUGUUCUGGCUAGAGGCAAACCCAUACAUGAGGGGACUCUCAAAGCUCCUACCAAACAUUGGCUCAACAGUGCCCUUCUAUUACAACUGGGGCACGUGGGACGGCAACCACGCCCACUCCAAUGCCCUCUUCGGCUUCCGCACCUACCCGCACGGGUCACGGCCGCACUACCCGUCUCCCACCAAGAACCCCCGCGUCUCCCUUAAGAACUUCCUCGUUUACCGCAACAAGGCAGGAAUGUUCUUUUUCAAUAGCGAGCGACUGAUAGUGGAGAACGGGGUGUUUCUGGACAAUGGCAUCGGCAUCGACUUGAGCCGCAAUGCCGGCGUGCAAGCAAAGGGCUGCCGCUUCAUCGGCCGCUCCUCCUCCUCCUGCUCGUCCUCCAAUGCCGUAACAACAACCACAGCGUUUGCCACCACCACCGCCACUACCCAGGAAACAUCCAACGGUUCAGAUGGCUCCAUCCCACCAGACGGAACCAUCACAGACAACAGCAGCGCUGCCGACGCAACCACCCCACCACCCGAGUCCCUUCCAGGAAAUGACACCACUGCUACCACACCUCCCAACGCUCCAGAUAAUUCUACCCUUCCAGGCAAUGGCAGCUCAGGUGGUGAUGGUGCUGCUACUACUCCUCCCAACCCACCAGACAGCUCCCUUCCCCAAGGUCCCACCACUCUGUGGCAGCCUUUCACUCUGCAGGCGUCUCUGGGACCUCUUGAUCCUUAUGCAGACGAUGGCAGCACUGACAGUAGCAGCGGCGACAGCGGCAGCAAAAGCACCACCAGCAGCGGCAAUAAGGCUUUUGAGGAUGCAGGGAUGACUGCUCCUGCCCAGGGUGCACCUAGUGGGGUGGUUGAUCCGAUGGGGCCAUCGCUGCAGGAUCAAGCCGGGACUUAUUCCGCCCCGAUUGGCAUCGCGCUGAGUCAGAGCAACCCGCAGGACCACCUCUACCCCAACUCUAUCCAGGACAGCUCCUUCCACCGCUUUGGCUCGUGUAGCAGCAGCAGCUUUGGGAUCGCUCUUGUGGCCAAUAAGGCAGGCGGAUACUGGAACACUGCCAUGUUCGUUAAGUCCUCAGGCACACCACCUCGGGGGGGUCUGGUGGCGCGCUUCUACGCCCUCCGGGACGUCGAUGGGUCCCUGCUCGGCCAGUCAGGCUAUGCCGUUGCCAACUACGACCCCAUCCUGCCGCCCUCCUCGGUCCGGUCUGCAAAGUGCGACUUCAAGAGCGCCUUUUCGGCCUAUUCCUGCACCUCCGUCUGCUACCGGACGGUCGGGCUGGAGUAUGACGAGUACGGAGCUACCAGCAGGGGGGGCGUUCUCAGGCCGUACUCUUACCUGAAGAUCACGCGAAUGGACGACGGCACCUUCUUUCACGCCUACGGAACCGACAACGACGACCCCAAACGCAAGGCUGCGAGCAGCAAGAGGCGGUUUCUCACCGCCUCGCUUCUAGCCGGGUACACGUACCGGAUACAGAUCAUUGCCGCUGACACCAACAGCGAGUUUUACCCGAGUAAAAUGCAGCUGAACGUGUUCGACUGGCAGGGGUGCACUGGGAGCGUUCGCGUGGUUAUAGACUCCCCGAAUUCGAGCAGCAAGUGGCGGGCUGACGUGCCUACAGUGCCAUGCUCUGCUGCUAACGAGAUGAAGGUUUAUAAGGAGUACGCGUGCGGGGAGGGGAAGUCGAGGCUGAGGCUAGAUAUCGGGGCGAGCAGCAGCGGCAAAGCAGCGGUUGUGAUGGACUUGAAUCAAGGCGUCAGCACCUCGUGCUCCUCAGACUCUGGUUGCUCCAGCAUCACUUCUGCUGCUCUCCCGCCCCUCUCCAUCGCGCCUCUUGUCGACAUCGAGUCGGCCUUUUCCUCCACAGACCCGUUCUUUGACCUGAGCUUCUACGCGGGCGGAGCGGAUGACCCCCACACGGUGCUCUGA